AUGAGAACAAACCAAGGCUCGAGCAACGAUUUGCUUAAUCGAUAAAAUCAACCCAGAAGAGAUAUCGAUCCACUGGCUUCCAAUUCUCCAAAUGCAUGGAAAGAGAUGACCUCCUAAUCUGGUUUUGUAUCAAGAGACAAAUAUAACAAAUUAAAGGACCUCAAUUCCAAAUUAAAAGUAAGAACAUCUAUUGAAUGACACAGGCAGCCUUAAGAGACUACAUGUAGGAAGGCAAGGAUCAAGAGAAGAUAUUACAAUUGAAAGAAGAACUCAUAUAAAAAUAUGAGCGAGAACGAUCAGAUUGGUAAACCAAAGGCAACGAGGAUUUGAAAACACAAUUAAACGAUAUGAAAAAUAAGGUCCAGAAGAAGAAAAAUAAAAUCAAGUUAUUGAAGGAUGAGUCCAAAGCCAAUGAUACAAAAUUGGAAGAACAAAAGGCCUAAUUCUAGGUCGAAUUGGAUAGAGUACAACGACUCUACGAUGCGUUAACAAAUGAAAUGUAUAAAAUUCGAAAUAAGUUCAUUAGCAAGGAUCACGAAAAACGAUACUUAAUAUUGAAAGAUGAAAAUAGUGUGUUAAAAUAAGCUAUUAUUGCAAAAGAAGAACAAAGUCGAUAUCUAGAAAUGGCAAUCAAGGAUGAAAAAUCAAAUGUUUAGCUAUUCGAAUCAAAAAUAAAAGAGCAACUAGAAGAAAACAAGAUCUUAUAAUUAACCAUUAAUAAUUCAAAUAGUAAAGCAGAAGAUUUAGAAAAACAGAUUAAGACUAAUGAAUCACGUCAUUCACUGGAACUCAAUAAAGUUUAAUAGGACAAAUUGACAUAACAGUAAGAAUUGAAUGCUUAAAUUAAUAAAAAAAAAGAGAAGAUCAAAAACAUGGCCAAUCAAAUUCAAUAAUUGGAAAAUUUGAUUGGUUAACAAUAGAAGCAAGAAUUCGCAUUAAAUAAUUCCAUUUUAGAAAAAUAAUAAGAAAAUAUCAAAUUAUAAUCUCAUCUAGAUGAUCAAAGGAAUAAAACUGAUUUAGCAUUAAAAGAGGCACAUUAUUCUGUUUAGGAAGUAAAAGAAUUGAAGUCCAAAUUAGAAUCACAGAAAUCCUUAGUUUAAACAUAUGAAGAUAAAUUGGCUUAGUAUGAUAAACAAUACCAGUUAGACUAGGAAGAAAGAGCUUAGAUUUUAUAAGACUUAGAUUAACUCAAUGAAGAUAAUAGAAGAUUAUAGUAACUAUUGUAUGAAUCAGAUAAUGAUAUCUCCUAUUUGAAUUAGUAGCACUUGGAAGUAAUUUGAUAUGAAUAUUCAAUAGAAACAAUCACAAAUAGAAAAGAAAUUAGAGUCAUUGCAACUUCAAUUAAAUUAUUCAUAGGAUGAAUUGGCAGAAUCAAAAAGACUAAUAUAGGAAAUGAAAAAGUAAGCUAUUGCAAGUGAAGAAUAGAUAGAAAUCUAUAAAAAUAAAUAUCUAAAAACUAAAUAAAAUUAAAAGACUUUAUAAAAUGAAUAAAGAUAUGUAAGUAUUCCCUUAUAAUAAUAGUUAGAAGAAAAGAUGAAAUUGAUUGAAAAUGAAAGAAUUCAAGAGGAGAGAGAAGCCUUAAAGACAAAAGACUUUAUUAUGCACUAAAGAUAAGUGUAAUAGAGCAAAAUCAGAGUGCUGGAUGACAUUUAAAAUAUGAUAAAACAACAUAAAAGGACUAAUAGUUGA